CACAUGGACACAUUGUUACGCCAACAUGACUAUACUACUCUGCAUCGUAUUAUCUGGACUAGCUUUUAUAGAUGUUGUUACUAGUUCAAGCUGUUCAGACACGCUGGCGAAAAUUCAUUACCAAAUAAGACUCAAAGAAGUUGAAACGGGUCUUCAGUUUAACAUUAGUUACAACUCUUCGGAAACUGGUAAUUGGAAUUUGGAAGUCAAGCAGUUAAACGGUAUAACUUCAAAUCAACGGAAUAGAGAAUAUGUCCGCACAUUUUUCAACUUAACUGCGAAUAAUGAAACAAACAUUUUAUCCUUUUAUGUUACAAAGGAGCUUGAUUUGGAAGACUUUAAUAAGUAUAUUCGUAUUAAUAUUAGUUCUAUACAACUGGAGUUCAAGUGUUCAGAAUAUGAUAAGAGAGAGAUACCGGUUCUGAUUGAUGCAGUGAAUGAAUUUCCACCUUAUUUCAAGGACAGGCCAUACAAUAUAGAUAUGACAGAGGACAAGCCAAAUGGAACAACCAUAUUUAAUGUUCCAGAACAUGUAGAAGAUCGUGAUGUUCGUAGAAAUGGCGGCUUUAAUUUUUAUAUAGAACCGUACAAAGUGCAGCCGAGUGUAGACGGCAGGGAAUAUUUUCAAAUCAAAUUUUCAUCUAGCGGACUUGUUACCCUGAAGAAAUCAAUAGAUUUUGACGAUUUGUAUAGUAGAGGCAAACCAACCUAUUUUAUGCUGAAUUUAACAGCAGAGGAUACCACAUAUCUAAAGUCGUGGACUACUUUGAAAAUCACCAUCAGAGAUGUGGACGACCAGAAACCUAUGUUCAGUAUGUGUGUGCCACCAUGCAAGGCUCAAUAUAGAACAAACACACAGGCUGGUUAUAGAGGAGUUCUAGGAAUUAAACCUAUGAAAGUUUUGGCAAAAGAUCCAGAUUCGUUCAACAAUUCUAUCGUCUACACGUUGGAGCCAGUGCCAUAUAUAUAUUGGAGCUCAUUCUCAAUAGACAGCAGAACUGGCAACAUCACUCAAAUUUUGAAUGUGCUAAGUACUGGUGUACUUAUUAUAAAGGCAACAGAAGAUUCAACUAAGCAGCUUUUUGAUGAUGCUACACUUUUGGUCACCCUUGGCAAUGAUACAUCGGUAACACCUCCCCCUAUAGGAAAAUCAGUGAAGGAAGACUCUGGUAAUUUGAAGUUGGUUGUCAUCAUACUUGCAGUUGUUUUCCUGCUGAUUAUUAUUGUGAUUAUUAUCGUUUUUGUAGUAUAUCACAAGAAAGUUGCCAAAGCAGUUCGGCCAACGGAUGACGGAAAGGAAGGGUCAGCAGAUAUUUCUCACUCUCAAAACUGGCAAGCAAUGAGUUCAGGAAGUAAAACGGAACUGCUAGCAAGUGAUAUGCUUAAUCCUGCUCUGAUGGCAACAAUACAGGGGAGAGGUAACACCUUGGUACCUUUGACGAAAGAUUCUGCAACAGGAACCGGAAAGAAGCGUUCGCGUCGGCGUAAUAGGAAUAAAGAACCAGAAAUAUUCGAUGGAACGAGAGAAUACGAAGGAAAAUUAGACAUGGAAUUUUUUACUGAUGCAAACACAAAAUCAAAGAUUAAACAAUCAACAAGAAGUAGAGAUACAAAAACCGAUCCUAAAUACUGGAUUACAAUUCCAAACGAUGAUGAGUAAUUUUUAUAAGAAUGUUCAAAAUGGUAGCCUGUAGUAAAUAUACCUGUAUGGUUACAAUAUGCUCAUCUUUCUGUAUAGUGAUUUGAAUGACGUUAAAACAGCUGCUUUGCAGGAGAAAAAGUCUGUGAGUUGUAAAUGUGAUUGGACGUAUUGUCUGUGAUAUAUUUAUAUAACUACUUGUGUUUCAUUUAAGAUAGUGUGAAGUUUUCAAAAAAGGAGAUUAAAGUUUGUUUUUAAACUUACUUAACGCUUGCUAUUCACGUCUCAUUAAAAAAAAUCUUCAUAAAAUGA